GCGCGUGCGUAGCACGCGCGGACGAUCUCGUGGAAGUAGAGACGACACCCCCGGAGGAGUACAGCGUCGAAGAUGUCGGAAUAAUUGUUGACAGUGACGAUGAUAUGAUUGAGGAUGAAAAUUUUGUUGUAGAGACUCGACAUGGGAACAAAGCGGGUACAUUCACCACUGGAAUUGAUAUAUUCGGUGAGGAGGAGCGUAAGAAAAUGCAGGAGAGGGCCAAAAGGUUUGGUCUUAGCGAGAGUGACAGAGGAAUGCAGAAUGAGGAGUUGUAUUCCAGUAUGGGAGUCGUUGAAGACAACGAAAAUAGCAAACAUACAAGGCUCAAUGUCCUGCACAUGAGAGGAACCGAGGAAAUGAGCACCAAAGACGUCUUCAAGUACUUUGAGCAAUAUCCACCAGCAGCGAUCGAGUGGAUCAACGAUGUUUCAUGCAACGUCGUGUGGUUGGAUAAUAUUUCUUCUGCCAGGGCCCUCCUGGGUCUCUCCAAGAGGAUUGUUGGGCUUCCGGAUCAUCUAGAAGACGAGGAGCAGGGGGGAAACGCACAUGAAGACAGUUUGAACGAAGUCAAUGACAGCAAGGACAUAAAUGUGAAGGAUAUUGAAUGCCCUCUCCCUCCAGGGGUAUGGCGGAAGGGGGUUGACUCCAUCAAGUCCAAGGCUAUCUUUCUCAGGUUCGCUACUAGAAAUGACAAGAAGCAACCGAGAGCUGAGAAGAUAAGCGAGUACUACAAGAAAUAUGGAAAUCCCAAUUUUGGAGGGAUGAGGGGAAUACUGACAGAAUCCAGAAAAAGACAGUACAAACAAAUAAGAACAGGGAAACCCCGAAAAAUGAGUGAAACAUUGGAGAAUGAGGAGAAGGACAUGGGGAAAAAUCCGUGGGGUGAAUUAUCCGAGAAGUGGGGGGCUCACGAAGAUGUCGAAGACAUGUACAUAAAGAGGGGCGUAUCAGAGCGACCGGAACGAGGCACUGUGAAGGAGAGACUGGGAUUGAAGCCAACGAGAGAAAUGAGGACAGAGGCAACCUCUUCCAAGAAUUCCGAAGGUAGUGACAGCGAGGAGGAGUGGGCGAAGCGCAGCAAGAUCCCCAGGAUGAGAAUGCAUGCGGAUGAUGAGGAGGAGAAGGUGAAGAAGAAGAAACUCAAACAGUUGACCAGACAGAAGCAGGAGGAAAGCACAGAUUUGCGGUCGCGCCUGGGACGAAAGAAACCCGCACCAAUUUAUCGAGAGGAUAUUCAGGUGAUUGUGACAACCACUCCGGAGAAAUACAGAUCCAGAAAAACCGGGCAGAAAGAGGAUGAGGAAGAAGGAGAAGAUGAAGAAGAAGAAGAAGAAGUGGAGGAAAUCGUAGACGACGACGGGGAAAUCGAAGAGGAUGAGGUGGUGGAUUUAGAGAAGGAGGAAGGAGAGUGGGAGGAGGUAGAGGAACAGGCCGAGAAGGAUGAGGAGGAGGAGGAGGAGUCAGUGUCCAGCAGCAGUGACAGUGACAUCUCCGAGAAGGAGGUCCAGGGGCCAAAGGGGAGUGUAAUCAAGGUCGUUCCAAGAUACAAACCCAGAGUUGCUUCCACUGUCUGGGCGAGAUUGAAUGUCAAGGGUCAGAGUGAUAAUUCACAGGCUGAUAGCAGCAAUUCUGGCAAAUUAAAAGCUGAUUUGAGAUCUCGACUGGGCCACCAGAAGAGAGAGAGAUCUCCACUCAGAAUAGAGGUGAAAAAUGAGAAAUACAAGCGGAGAGGUGACUCUGGCUAAAUUUUUAUACGGAUUUUUCCUAUCUCGAGGGAAAAAUACUACGUUUAAAGAAAAUAAAAAUCAUAAUGAGAGAGAUUUUUUCACGAAUAACGAUGAAAGCACAAUAAAAGAGAUGAACAUUGAAUGAUAA